GGUCACGUGGGCCACGGGCGGCUCGACUGGGCUCUGAGCGCUCGCGGCCCGGGGCUUCCGAGACCGCUGCCCCUGCCCCUUACCGGCGCCGCCGCCAGGAGUACUGCCACCAGGUGGCCCUGGACGCGCCAGGCUGGGUGCACCUCUGAGCGCCCCGUGGGGGCCAUGGAUGAAGAGACAGCAGAGGAACAGGGGGUCCCUGCGCCCCCGCCAGAUGCAUCCUGCGGACCUGGCUUUCCGGGCGCUCCAGAUCUCGGGGGGCGGUGGGAGCCCAAGAAGUACGCAGUGACUGAUGACUACCAAUUGUCCAAACAAGUGCUGGGUCUGGGUGUGAACGGCAAGGUGCUGGAGUGUUUCCACCUGCGCACUGGGCAGAAGUGUGCCCUGAAGCUCCUGUAUGACAGUCCUAAGGCCCGGCAGGAGGUGGACCACCACUGGCAGGCCUCGGGCGGCCCCCACAUUGUGCGCAUCCUGGACGUGUAUGAGAACAUGCACCAUGGCAAGCGCUGUCUCCUCAUCAUCAUGGAAUGCAUGGAAGGUGGUGAAUUGUUCAGCAGGAUUCAAGAGCGUGGUGACCAGGCUUUCACGGAGAGAGAAGCUGCAGAGAUCAUGCGGGAUAUUGGUACGGCUAUCCAGUUCUUGCACAGCCAGAACAUUGCCCACCGAGAUGUCAAGCCUGAAAACCUGCUGUACACAUCAAAGGAGAGAGAUGCAGUGCUGAAACUCACUGACUUUGGUUUUGCCAAGGAGACUACCCAGAAUGCUCUACGGACACCCUGCUAUACUCCCUAUUAUGUGGCCCCUGAGGUCCUAGGUCCAGAGAAGUAUGACAAGUCAUGUGACAUGUGGUCCCUGGGCGUCAUCAUGUACAUCCUCCUAUGCGGCUUCCCACCCUUCUACUCCAACACGGGCCAGGCCAUCUCCCCGGGGAUGAAGAAGAGGAUCCGCCUGGGCCAGUAUGGCUUCCCCAAACCUGAGUGGUCGGAGGUGUCUGAGGAUGCCAAGCAGCUGAUUCGCCUCCUGCUGAAGACAGACCCCACAGAGAGGCUGACCAUCACACAGUUCAUGAACCAUCCCUGGAUCAACCAAUCCAUGGUGGUGCCACAGACCCCGCUCCACACGGCCCGAGUGCUGCAGGAGGACAAAGACCACUGGGAUGAAGUCAAGGAGGAGAUGACCAGUGCCCUGGCAACCAUGAGGGUGGAUUACGACCAGGUGAAGAUCAAGGACCUGAAGACCUCCAACAACCGACUCCUCAACAAGCGGAGAAAGAAGCAGGCGGGCAGCUCCUUGGCCUCACAGGGCUGCAACAACCAGUAGCUCAGGGGACUCUGGAGACCUUCUCCGCCUGGGGGAGCCCUGAAUGCACUGAGCCUUGAGCCAGCGGGCAGAGUCAUUUUUUAAACAAAAUGUUUAUUUUCUUGUGUUUUAAAUUCGUCGCUUUGAGCUUCAGGAUGGGGGACCCUGACUUCAGGCCUCUUUUAGAGUCUUGGCCGGUGAAGCCCGAGCCUGGGGGCCAACGAGUGCCUGCUGCAGUGACAGCACCUUUGGCCAGAGUAACAGCUACAUCCGCACUGGGGCAUGGCCUUGGCUUUCUAGGCCGCUGGGAAUUGUGUCUGGGCUUCCUUCCUUCUAUGAAGCCCCCCUUCCACUCCCACCCCAUAGGGUGGGCAGAUGAGUUUGGCCUUGAGAAAGGUUUUUGGCCUUUGGUUGCCAUGGUGACCAGGGAUGUUGCUAUCUAUGAAUGCUUAGUGAGUGAGUGAGCGAGGGAGGGAGAAGAGCAAUUGAGGGUGCCUCUGUGCUCUUCAGGAGGCUUCGCCCUCAUCUGGCUUGUGCUUCGUAAGUCCUUGGCCUUCCUGAGACCAUAAGGUCCAGUCUUCCUGCAACCCCAUCCCACAGGACCCUGGGAGCUUUCGCUUCAGUCCUGGGCCCAAUCAUCCUGUUACUAGCCCUUACCCAGAGUGGUCUCAUCUCAACUGAGGGUGGAAGGUAUUUUUAACCCUUUUCUACUUUGGAAAUGUCACUGUGAUAAAAAGCCAGUACAAUUCUGCCCCCACCUGCUUAUUGGAUCCUGGGCAGGAGAGCCCUAAUGGUUCAUCCUCCAGCCUGGUUAAGGCAGGGGAUGUCUCUUGGUCUUUUUUUUUUUUUUUUUAAUGUAGGUGGUGGGGGCAGGGUUAAGCAUGUCCUCAUUAAUCAGGGAUCUCUUUCUGUACUCCAGGUCAGACCCGAGGUGGGGGAGGGCUGCUGAGUGGUGCUUAGAAGGUCUGGUGCUGGCUUCAGCCUGAAUCGGAGCAGAGAGGGUCACCGUCUCACUGGGCUGGGCUUAAGUAUCCCUACACUUAGGGUAGCCUUAGGGUGCUGAGGGCCUGGUAUGGGCCUGACAAGUGCCUAACACCCAGUCUGGUUCUCCGUGCCUGGCACCUCACUGGCCGGGGAAUCCUAGGCUACAGCAGAUAGGACAACAUUACUGGGUUUUACCUCCAGAUAUUAAUAAACACCGUGUUGGCAUUUUC